CAAGACGUCUGUUGGGUCAGAGUCCGACAAUCGAACCACCUGACUCAGUCAGUAUACACCAUUCAUUCCAUCACUCUCAUCCCCCAUGCCACCAACACCCACCCUGACUCAAAAACCAGUCCAGCCCCUGUCUGGACAGCUACUGGCCUUGCGACUAGUGUGACCGACCUGUAAGUCUGUCUGUCCGUCUGUCAGUCUGGAAAUCUUGCCUUGUUCUAUCUGGCGGGCAGCAGAGGCCUCCUGCUACUACUGUCGUCAGGUUGACUCUGCUGCUUCCUACACCUGACUGACCGCUCCGUGUGCACGUGUGUGUCGGUGGGCGAUAGCUCCUCCUCCUCCUCCUCCUCAAGGGGUCCGUCAGGGGCAGCGGGGGCUUCAGCUGAGGGAGAAGUGCACGACAGAAGGGACCUGAAGGUGUCACUCAAGUACCUGCACGCACACACGCAGGCAGGCGCACACGGUGGGCGACUGACUGACUGACUGACUGAGGCAGGCAGCAGACACCCACCGGCCGGACCCCCACACACACUCACCGUUUCAGCCUGUUGUGUGGUAGUCGUGCAGCAGCUGCAGCCUUCCUCUCAAAGAGCUCGAUGGCCGCGCAGUGGUUGUACACACACGUCAGGUCCCCCAAUGCCUCUUUCUGCGCGUCGCUGAGAGCUGCGGCAGACAGGCAUACCCGGCCGGGCAGUCAGAAAGCGGCCAAUGAGUGAUCUAUGUUGACAGUGUUGUGUGAGAGGUGAAUGCUGCUGCGUGGCUGCCUCCUCCGCUCACUCACUGGCAUAUUCUGAUGCACACACGCAGGCAGACAGGCACAUGUGAUCACACGAGGGAUGCAAUGCAGCCAUUCAGUACUGGGGUGGAUACAUACCUGGGAGUUCCGUACACUGGUUCAGCGCGGCCUCCUUCUCUUCCUCCUGCACGCACGACAGACAACACACAGACAUACACACAACACAUCCAUCCAUCCAUGUGCUCUGUUCGGAUGCCCUCGAUGGUCUGGUCUGCUGUGGGUCGCUCACCGUCAUCGAACGCCAUAUGGGCAUGGUGGCUGCAGUCCACAGAGGAGAGAGUCCGUCAAGUCCGUCACACGUGCAUACAGUCAGUCAGUCAGUCCGUCUGUGUGUGGCUAGCUGCGUGCGCACCGUUGACGGUAUCGCAGAACUUCCUUUCCUCUUCGUCCACCGGGCUGAGCUUGAGCACUCGUUCGUACACCUGGUCUGGUCCCAGCUGCGGUGGCGGACGGAACACCUGAGUCAACAUCUCUUCGAUCCACAUCACAUUCCCACGAUGAGCCUCUCUCCUGCGAUCUUUGCGUUUCCUCCUUC